ACCUUCUCUUCUAUUCUUCUAUACUAUCAAUUGAGCUAAAUACAGAUGAGUCGAGCUGAGUCAAUCGAUUCAAUGGAGUGGACUCGGGGUCCGACAAUUGGUCGUGGCUCUUCCGCCACCGUUUCACUCGCUACCAAUUCUUCUGGAGUGCUCUUUGCUGUUAAAUCCACUGAACAAUCUUGUUUGCAAAGAGAGUAUUCUCUUAUUUCUCAGCUAAAUUCUCCGUUUUUAGUCAAGUGCUUAGGCUUCGACAUCGCUUUUGAGCAAAAUAAGAUAGUUUACAAUAUGUUUAUGGAGUAUGUACAAGGUGGAACUCUUUCUGAUUUGAUCAAGAAACAAGGAGGUGCGUUGGAUGAAUCUAUGAUCAAAUUAUACGCUAAACAAAUCCUACAGGGAUUGGAUUAUCUUCACUCAACUGGGAUUGUGCAUUGUGAUGUGAAGGGGCAGAACAUUUUAAUUGGCGAAAAUGGGGAUAUCAAAAUUGCUGAUUUGGGAUGUGCGAAAUUGCUGAGAGAUGAAAAAAAUUCUGGAUUUUCCGGUACACCGGCUUUCAUGGCACCUGAAGUUGCUCGAGGCGAAGAACAAGGAUUUGCAGCUGAUAUUUGGGCUUUUGGUUGUACAAUUAUUGAGAUGGCUACAGGAUCAGUUCCUUGGUCUGAGAUCAAGGAUCCUGUUUCUGCUCUGUUUAGAAUUGGUUAUUCAGGGGAUUUGCCACAAUUCCCGAAUAAUUUGUCAAACGAUGCCAGAGAAUUCCUCGGUAAAUGUUUGAUGAAAUGCCCGAAUGAGCGUUGGACGGCUAAUCAACUUCUUCAACAUCCAUUUUUGCAAUCUGUAGAGUCUAAUUCAUGGAAAUUUGAAGAAUUGAAGAGGGAUUCUCCUACUAGCAUUUUGGAUCAAGGAUUUUGGAAUUCGUUCGAGGUGAUGGAAUCUUCUUCAUUAGAGUCAACCAACACCGUUGAUUCCGCUACAGAUAGGAUCAGACAGCUGAUUGGUAAUGUGGGAAUAUCAUGCUCUUUGAUGCCUAAUUGGGUUGAGGAAGACGAUUGGGUGACAGUUAGAUGCAACGACACAGAAGAAAAUUCGAUAAUUUCAGAGCCAAACUGCGAGAUGAUCGAUGGUUUUGGAGAAUUGUUGGAUAUGGAAAUAUCGGAGUCAAUAGUUUUUUCUGAAGAUGAGUUUGUGACCUCAUUGAACUUUGAAGCUCUUUUAGUUGAUUGCAUUAACUAUGAGAUUAUUAGCCUUUUUCAUACUGUUAGUAGUAGUAUAAAUUUGAUUAUUUCUCCUGAGAUUGUUGGAGAUGUUUUUGUAUCUGAAUUCAAUGAUUCUGAAAUAAAAAGAUUGAAACUUUUUCGUCCAAUUGUGUAUUCACUUUCUCAUAUCACGUUGUUACUAUUUCCAUAUUAG